AUGGUCUUGAUUCUUUUUCCCCAGAAUGAAUUCCAAGCUGAAUUGGCAAAUGCUGGGACCAAGCUCAUAGUCGUUGACUUCUCCGCCACAUGGUGUGGGCCGUGUAAAAUGAUCAAGCCUUUCUUCCAUAGCAUGGUUGAAAAAUAUCCAGAAGUAGUCUUCAUUGAAAUUGAUGUGGAUGAUGCUCAGGAUGUGGCCUCACACUGUGAUGUGAAGUGUAUGCCAACAUUCCAGUUUUACAAAAAUAAUGAAAAGGUGCAUGAAUUUUCCGGAGCAAAUAAAGAAAAGCUGGAAGAAGCCAUUAAGAAGCAUAUGUAACCAAAGGUCCUUAAUUCGUGACUGACUGUUAAAUUAUAGCCUUUUCUACAUAACACACUGAUCAAGUUAGAAUAUGUAUUCAGAUACACAUUGACCCUUCAGUCUGUAAAUGAAGAUAAUAAAAAUAUAUAUAAAAGGU